AUUUAGAUUUUAGAGGGUCAACCGGUCAACAAAGUGAAAAGGAUUUCAAUUUUCUUCCCCGGAUAACAUACGCCUUGGUCUAUGGCAACAACUGCGAGUUCGUCCUUCAGUGAUCCACAACCACAACCACCGCGAAGACUUCGUCGGUCUUCUUACAACAUUUAAAUAAACCCUUAAUUCAGAAACCCAAAUCAUGGAGACGCAGAGCAAUCGGAUCAUGAUGAGAGAGAAAUUAGGGUUCUCUGGGAUACUCAAAUCAGCCCUGACGAUUCCUUACAAGAGUCCCAGCUUCCUCAUCUUCGCCUUCACUACUUCCCUCCCUCUGUUUUUCACACUGCUACUCCAUGACAUUAUUGUACAACGGUCCCUCAUUGAAGCAUCAGCAGCUAUGAGAUCACUUUCCUUCGGUUAUACCAUCCAGUUCCACUUUCCUAGCUCCGUCUAUUUCUAUGACUGGAGUUCACCACUUGAGACUGCAGGGAGAUUGGCUCGGUCUAUGUCCCAUAGAAUUAUUCAACUGGGUCUCCUUCGUUUGGUUCCUCUCCAUCUUUUCUACCUCCUCAACACAAUCGCUGUGGUUCAUUCAGCAUCUCUGAUCUAUACAGGAGAGACACCAGUGAGUCUUAAGGAGAUGUUGCAGAUACCCAACAGCCCGAGCAGGGCAGAAAGUGUCAUAUGUGAUAUUUUCUUCAAAUUGUUAGGUGGGGUUUUUUCCAUCGCCCUGUUUGUGAAAUGGUUGGAUUGGACUACCAUAUGGAAUAUGAGCAUCGUAAUCUCAAUUCUGGAGGAGAGACGAGGGAUUGAAACACUGGAAGCCUCUGUCUAUUUUAGCAGAGGAAGCAGGCAACGUGGACUUCUUUUGACCACUGUCUUCUUCGUCUGGUCGUUUUGUAUCAUGGUUUCAGGUCAAUAUAUGGCAGGCCACGGAAAAUUGGGUGGAAUCCUAAGCACAUCGAUGCUUGUUAGCUUGGGAUGUUUAGUUAAUACGGUGAAGUGGAUUGUUUGCAUGGUCUAUUACUAUGAUUGCAAAAAACGCAUUUUAGAGAAGAAGAUUGAUGUGGAGGAAGGUAGAGAAGUUGAGACAAAUUAGUUAAUAUCACACGACAGUGUAUGUGUUUAACUGAAAGGGCGUGGAGGCAAGUAUUUACUGUGUAAUUUUCUCAAUAAAGACUAACAAAAAGGGAAAUAAGCCCAAAUGCCCGGACUCAGG